CAGAGACAAAGGAAAAUUGGUUCAGUUGGAAUGGUUGAUGUUGAUGUGAAAUAAAAAUGUUUGUUUACCUUGUCAUCACUGCAGCAGCAUUUGCCUUAUUUGAUGUUGCUUACUUCAUAAGAAUUAUAACAACGCUACUGUUAUACAUAUUGACAGGAAUUAAGCGAAUGCACAUCUUAGAGGACAGCGUUAUAAAUGGAAUCUGUUGGACUAGUGACUUAGAUGCCAACUGGCACAUGAACAAUUCUCGCUAUCUCAGAGAAUGUGAUUUUGCUAGGAUGAAGUUCUUUUUGGAAAAGAACAUAUGGAAAGGACUAAGAAAGUUGAAAGCAUCUAUCAUCAAUGGAGGAAGUACCAUAAGAUACAGAAAAUCUCUACAGUUUUUGGACUUUUUCCAGAUAAGAUCAAAAGUACUUUACUGGGACUCCAAGGCAUUUUACGUGGAGCAUAAGAUAAUAGAAACAAAGACUAAUUUUGUCUCAGCUAUAGCUCUGGUCAAGAUGGUAGUGAAAGGGGCUAGUCCUGACAGUGUUUUAAGUGCAAUGGGCUUAACCAUUACAUCACCAGUACCACCAUUAGAAUUAAAGAGGUUUAUAGAACUUAAUGAAAUUUCUAGUGAAAAGCUCAGGAAAACCACAUAGUGUUGAAUGUUGGAUACAUGCAUUUUGCUUUCAGUAUUUCAAGGAAUCCAAUAUUGGGAAUUUUGAUUGAUUAUUACAAACUUUUAGUUAAUCCUGACUGAAAAAGAUUUCACUUGGCAAAAUUCUCUCAAAACUUUGCUUUUAGUAACAAAAUAAAAAAAAAAGAUUUUGAUAAACUCUUAUCAAAUAAGUGUACUAGUAUAUAUACAAAUAUUCAGGUAAAACAAUAUCUUUUAAGUACAUGUACCUCCAUGUGAUGUUGAUUUUUAUCAUAGAUCUGAAAUUUUUCGUAACAAAUAAUAGAGAAGUUUUCAAAAUAAUACACCAAAUUACUUAAAAUCUAUUUCAAGUCCUUGAUAAAGAUGCACAUCUGUCAUAAAAUAGAAUAUAUGAGCCUGGAACAGAGUAUGUCUUCCUCCACUUAGUGUAAAACAGUAUUAUUAUAUUUUGUACAUGUAACUAUUUUUUUUUUAAUUAAAAAUUAUAAAAAUGUU